AGUAAUAUUGAGUCAAUCAAGCAACGAACAACAUGGAAUUUGUAACAAACUUCUUCUAUUGUAUAUUAUUUUUUAUAAUAACAAGAUUUAUAGUGAUAUUCAUAUACCAAGAAAUUAUUGCGCCGAUCUUGCAUUUAAAUAUUGAUUUUACGAAAACAGGGCAAUGGGCAGUUAUAACGGGCUCUACCGAUGGAAUUGGAAAACAAUACGCAGAACAGUUGGCCAGUAAGGGUAUGGAUGUCGUACUUAUCAGCAGAACUAGGUCCAAAUUAGAGAGCACGGCCAGUGAUAUAAGAAAUAAGUACAGUGUGAACACAAAAAUCAUCGAAGCCGAUUUCAUAGACAAUAAUUCUGACUUAUAUGAUCGUAUUGAAAAAGAACUACGCGACUUGGAUGUUGGCGCAUUGGUUAAUUACGUUGGAAUGAUGAAUGAAUUUCCCAUUUUUUUUUUAGAAAUUGACAAAAAAAAAUCCAUUGUACGACAAUAUCAUAAAAUGCAAUAUCGUAUCGGUGGUAAACACGUGUAGGACAGUCUUGCCUGGCAUGGUCAAGCGCCGUCGGGGUGUCAUCAUAAACGUGUCAUCAGCAUCAUCAGUUAUAUCGUCUCCGUUACACACGGUUCACGGAGCUUCUAAAGUAAGACUAAAUUACUUAUUAAAAUAUU